CCGUUUCCGCAUUACUUGCGCUUUCCUCGCUUUUUUUUUCCUUCCCUCUUGAAAUGAAACCCAAACCAGUGAGGCGUAAACAACUAACGUGCACGGAAACGAGGAAGCUGAGAGACAAAUUCUAAUAGCGUCGAGCUUCCAAACGUAACGUUCUUGUUCUCCUGGCAACUUGCACUUUCUGCACUCGGAACGGAACAGAUUGAGCAAAAUGUCCUCCGUACAAAUGGAUCGUCCCCCAAAAGUGGGUCAGAGCAGUAAGAAAUCGUUGCACAAGAAGCAUAACAAGCACGACGACAAUCGUCACUUCAAGUUUAGCAACAGGAAACGUCCGCAGAGCAGCUUCAGCAGCAACGGGAAGUUCUUCCCCCCCUAUAAGCGCAGAAAGAAGGAGGGCGUGAUAAUUCCACCAACGAAGUUUUUACUCGGCGGCAACAUCUGCGAUCCGUUGAAUCUGAACAGCAUGCAGGACGAGGAGAUCAAUCGAGCCAUGAACGCAGUGACACCGAAAUCGAGUCCACUGCCCACUCCGAAGCACAAGAAGGAGGUCAUCGAGGUGAUUAUUCCUCCAAAUAUUUGUGAUCCGUUGAAUCUAACGAAUUGCAACGACAAUGAUGAAGAAUACGAGAAGCAACUGAUUUCACCUACAAAGAGAAAUUCUAAGCGGAGAAACAGGAAAAGAAAGAAAACAACCUCCUCUGCGUCCGGAAAGGACGAGGUGCAGUCCAGUGAAGUGAAAAACCUGGAGGAAACCGAAGCAGGUAACGUGCCAGUUGAACCCUCGACGGACAGGUCCUGCGACGACAGAAUUAGCCUGGAGCAACUUCAGAAUACGCAGAAUGAAAAUGUCCUGAAGGAGAAUAAGACGGAGAGUCCCCAGAAGGACAAAAACAGACUACGAUUAAAGGGUCUCGACGAGAUUAAGGACAAAAGGCUGAGGAAGAUUGACGUGAAGGAUAAAAUAGUGAGCCCGGUGAUCCCGCAACCCGGCGCGUGGAAGCCCAGGCCGCAGCACAGGCCUAGCCAGGACAAGAAGAAGAAGCAGCACAUGACGCGCAACUUCAGGCCCCAGGACGCCCGGUAUCAGUACGGCAACUACGACAGAUACUACGGAUACAGGAAUCUUCAUCACGAGAUAGAUCCUAGAUUAAAAGUGUUCGUACAGCGAAAGGAACUGUUUUUGCGGAAGGAUAUUCUCGACAUUGGAUGUAACAUUGGCCAUAUUACGCUGUCGGUUGCCAGGGAUUUUGGUGCCAAAAGUGUUACGGGAAUUGACAUAGAUAGAACUUUAAUAAAUAUCGCUCGGAAAAAUGUCAGGCACUACGUAAACUGUGUGCGAAGCCCCGCGAGCACCGAGGACAACGACAAGAGGGACUCCUCGGACGUCAGUUUUUUCCCAAUGUCGAUGCCGAUCAGUUAUGGGCCUGUGGACGUCCCGGGGUUUCUCAAGAACGAGCAACACAAGGGAUUCCCGUACAAUGUCACGUUCGUGCAGGGUAAUUACGUGCUCGAAGACGACUCUCUCUUGUGCGCGGAGCAACCGCAAUUUGACACAAUUCUGUGCCUCUCCAUCACCAAGUGGAUCCACUUGAAUUUCGGUGACGCCGGAUUGAAGCAAGCUUUCAAGCGCAUGCACGCGCAACUGCGUCCCGGUGGGGUCCUCGUCCUGGAGCCUCAAGGUUGGGCCAGUUAUACCAAGAAGAAGAAUCUCACGGAACGGACUUGUAAAAAUUACCACAGCAUCGAGUUCCGACCUCAAAGAUUUACGCAAUAUCUCUUGUCUUCCGAAGUCGGUUUUUGCAAAUGCGAGGUCGUGUCCGUCCCGCCUUACCUCGCGAAAGGUUUCCAGCGACCGAUACAUCUCUUUACUAAAGCCGGCGGUCCCUCUCCCAGCGAACGAGCCAACAACGACCUCACGGACGACGAUGCACUGCCGCGCCGCCAAGAGAGGAUGACGAGAAGGAAUCAGGAAGAGAUGGACAUGGAGAGAUUCAAGUACGAGCAGGAACUCUUCCCAAAGGAGAAUAACAAUAGAGGCAACAUGUCGGAGAUCAGUCAGCACAGCGGGGAUCAGUACGAGCAGCUGGCGAACGUUUAUGCGCCGAGUGCGACGCCGUGUUACGAUACUCCGAGUCGUAAUAGCGACAGUCAGCCUUCCGAUAGUCAGCCCGUCGACGCGUCCAAGGUCAAAGAUGAGAAAGACUCCACGGAUGAGAAGAAAGAUGAGGCUCCAUAAAAAAAGAGAAAAAAUGAAACCAACAAGAGAAUGAGGAAGAAGAAAACUACGAUAUUAAUAAACUAAAGAUAUUACAGGAGGAAAAAGACACAACAAGACAGAUUUUCAUCCGCCUUCACUGGAAAAUUCAAGUAAUCUUCAAGUUACACAGGUUUUUCAAUCUUUGUAAAGGUUAAAGGGCCUUUUCUCUUGGAUAGAAUUCGUUUGUUUUCGUAACGAACUCUCUCGCUUCGGCUUCGUUCUCAUUUCUUCGAUUUUGAUCCCUUUUUAUUUCCGCAACAAAUUUUCCGCUGUUGUUCGGAUUGUGACACGAGGCUAAAGAAUGGCAAAAAAUCGAAAAAAAUGUAUGUGGCAAGCACAAAAAAACAUUAAAAAAAAGAAAGGUAAAGAAUCUUGAUCCAAUAAGCAGGAUGCAUUUCAAUUUUGUAUCCAUGUUGCUUUUUUUCUCUUCGUUUCCCCUUUCUCUUUUCUUCCUCCAGCUCCUCCCUUUCUUCUUUCUUUUUCCCUUCUUUUACGGAUGUGGUAAAAAGAGAGAUUAACGCGCAAACUGUCACGAUGCUUUAUACGCUUUGGAAAUGUGAUUCUGAACGGAAUGUAUGUAUAAUAAUGAUAAUGAUUGUUGCACAUCUUGGAAGUUGCAUUCUUGGUCAUGUUAAUCACCAAGGAUGUGAGGAUCGUUGAUGCGCGCUUGCAGCGUCAAGUAGAACUUUCGAAAUUACAUUGAAUUAGUAGAAUUUACAAAUUUUAUAUAUAUACGUACACAUGCAUAUACAUACUACAUUACACUACACAACACACACACACACACACACACGCGCAUAAACAAACAAGCGAAACAGUGAUAUAGAUCGAGUUUGUAAAUUAUAAGGCUGUAAAAAAAUUUCUGUAAUUCUAGAAUAUUUUAGAUUAUAUUAGAUUCUUGCGAUAUUGAAUCUUUGUGAAAUAUUCAUUUUAAGCGUACUUUCUGCAUUUUUCAUCUCGUCUUCGACCAUCUCCCUUUCUCCAGAAUGUGAAUAAUAAUACAUCAGAAUAAUGUAUUUGUAUGAUCGAAAAGUUGAUCCGUUUUCCUUUUUCUGUUUUUGUUUUAUAUUUUUUGUUUUAUUAAACAUAUGAUUAGGAUAUAAGAAACAUUUAUGGAGAGACAUUGAUAUUGAAACAAUGGAAUUAAAGAGCAGGUUUAUUGUUUCACACAGCUGUUAUAUUUAUUUAUAAAUAUGAAACACGCGUGUCUGUAGAGCGAGAGAGGGAGAGAACCUAGGAAUCUCAAAGCGAUCAUCAAUUGCGAGUAUCGUAAACGGGCUUUACUGUCGAUUAUAAUAGCGAGCAUAAAAUGAAAUGGCAAAAUAAAAAUCAAAUGA